AUGUCUCCUCAGUCGCUCCAACCUUCAAUGUCACAUCUGCCCGAAAGUCCUCUACCGUCUCACGAGGCCAUCCACGUCCCGGCCUCUGCAUGGUAUGGCCCCUCGAUUUCGGCCCCCGAGUGCUCUAGUGAGCCUAGCUAUGCCUCAUACAACAACUACAUUACUCCUCACACAUCCUCUAUCAAUCUGUCGCCACCAGCCACAGCGUUUCCUUAUAUGCCAAAACAUCCGGGAUCCGCAACACAGUUGGAUCCAUCUGUUACGCUGUCUCCAGGCACAGUCUACUCUCGAGACUCGGUGGUACCCGAGCCUGCCAGCCCAUUAGAGGAGCCUCAGUCCGACCCAAAGUAUUCGUUACAUCAGUCGACCUUGCGUCUCGGACCACAGUCUCACCUACUGGACCGAAAUCACAGUGGUUUGAGUAACUUGAACACCGCAAGAGCGAACGUAUCCUGGGCCAUGAACCCCCUGGGCAUCCACUCUAGUCAUGAAUCGUACUAUCCGGCGUUCCCAUCCUUGAAUCAUAGCCCUCGUCUGAGCGAACCAUCAGUAGAGCUAUCAAACCAGAUGGUCUCACCACAGCCACGGCGCAUGUACACCCCUAUUGCCCCUCUACCACAAGAGACGCCUCGAUCACAUAGCACCAAAAGGUACCAUGAGGAUGAGGAAGAAGCACUCGACAGCUCUAAGCGUAGGAAACGAUCAGAUUCGCAAACAUCGACACAGUUUGAACUGAGUGAGGAGGACAAGCUCCUACUCAAGCUUAAGGAACAAGACUCUAUGCCGUGGAAGGAUAUCGCAGCGCGUUUCCAGACAGAACUGCAAAAGUCUUAUCAGAUACCAGCGCUACAGAUGCGCUACAAGCGCCUAAGAGAACGAAUGCGCGUCUGGACUGACACCGACCGUAAAGCACUACGUAUGGCGCACGAGUACUGGUUACAAAACAAGUUUGAGAUUAUUGCGCAAAAGAUGUUGGAGUUUGGUGCUCAGGAGAAAUGGACAGCACGGCAAUGCUCACGUCAAUGGCAAAUGAUGGAUCACCCACCAUUGUCAUAUGCCCAAUUCGAUCAUCAUCUUCAGCAGGGCUUUGCCCCUUAUGCCAUGAGUCCUAUUGAGCCGCCACCCAACAACUCCCUGCCCUUCUUGCACACCUGA